CCCCAUUUAAGAGCAGAAGGGGGCAAGACGGUUUGACCGAUCCCACAUUCCAUCUCAAUCUCCCAGCCGCCGCCGCCGCCCCGCCGCACAAACCGCGCUAGCUUCGAUUCGUGGAGUCCUGCUGCAGAGGAGGGCAGGUAAAUGAAGGCGCGGCAGUUCGUGAAUGUAGUGAUGCGCAGUGGCAGCAUGUAUUCGGUGAGUCGCAUCAAGCCCGAGGCGAAACUCUUCUACCCGUCUAUAGAGGAAGCGCGAGCCGCGGUGGCACCCAAAAAGAAGAAGAUGCAGGCCCUCUCGAGGAUUGCCACGCCCAAGCUAAGGCUUGAGGCGUAUCGCCUAGACGACAUGAGGCUCGAUUUCUUGCCCUUGUACUGGCGUGGCAGCGGCGGGGAUAGCACGAUCCUCUCCGUCGACUCGGCAGGCAACACCAACCUCUUCGACGCUAGCUCAGGCUCUUUCGAGCCUGUUGCUAGCCUCCGCGAACGCAAGGGAGACAGCCCCAUCUCAUUCUCCAUCGCCCGCGCCGACGACCCCGACCCCAGUGCCGCCAUAGCUCUGUAUGUCAUGGACAGGUUUCCCAGGGGCCACAGUUCCUGCAACUUCGAAUCCCUCGUCUAUGGCGACGAUAGCUGGGAGUGGAGCCAGCUCCCACCGCCGCCCUUCGUCAACGACCCAGCCUAUGACUGCACCACUAUCCAGUCCUACACGCUGCUUAAUGGUGGCUCCACCAUCUGCAUAUCCUCCUCUGGGUGCAGCCCCGUCGGCACCUACUGCUUCGACACGGCUAGCUGCGAGUGGAGAAAGGCUGGCCGCUGGGCGCUGCCCUUCUACGGGCGGGCAGAGCAUGUCCCUGAGCUGGGCAACCUCUGGUUUGGCAUGGCUGACAACAGCCCCAACAAAUUGUGUGCAUCGGACCUCUCCACCCUUGACGGAGCUCCCAAGGUGCUACGCGAGUGGCAAGUCCUCGACCCGCCUAAGGGAUGGGUGCAAAUAAGGGGCUGCCUGCUCUACCUGGGAGCCGGCAGGUUUUGCAUCAACAAAGUUUUUGACAUUGGGGAGCAGGACAAUGGCAAGGGCAAUCCGAGUGUCAACAAGGCUGCUGUGAUGACCGGUGUGGAGGUGGUGCAGGAUGAAUUAGCCCAACUCCAGAUGAUCAAGCACAAGUCCUGUGUCAGCUUUGCAGGCAUCCAAUGUAUCCUUUAGAUCACUAGAGCUGCAGCCAUCAUGAGUAUUUUUUUUUCUCGUUGUCUAACCAUUUUUCUCUGACAUUAGCAGUUCAGAGCAACAUGUACUUUAAUUGUGCUCAAUUCCUUCUAAUAUGUAUGAUACCA